AUGUCGGAGGCCGACGACACGGACGUUCUGUCGACGCUAAGUUUCACCAUCUCGCUGCUCAAGGUCUCCCUCUCGGUGGGGCGCGUCGUGCCCGGCGGCCUGCCCGGCUGCGCGUGGCCGCUGCUCAAGGCGAUGUUUUCCGCGAGCGCCGCGGGCGACGCGAGCGGCUUCUUCUGCCUCACGCAGGAGAAGGACGAGCUGACGCUGAUGAUGGACCAGCGCUGCCGCGCGGCCUUCGACGAGGCGGGAAGCGUCGCCACCGUCGAGUACGCGCCCUCGCGCUGGCGCGCGUUUGAGCUGCGGCUCGGCUCUCUGGGGGGAGAGGUGCCGGGCCUGGUGUGCUUCCUGGCGACGCUGAUGGCGGAGGGCAGCAUCUCGAUCCUCAACCUGUCGUCGCACGACCGCGACUUUGUCCUCGUGCAGGAAGGCGACGUGGCCGCCGCCACGCGCCUCAUCUGCGAGGGGAUGCAGGAGGACGCGGUCGGGCUCAAGGAGAAGAUUAGCCAGCGCGCGAUGGUGCGCCGGUCGGGCUGCUCGAGCGACUCGCUCUGGCGCGGCGUGCGGGGCGCGUCGGGCGACCUCGCCGAGGAACUGCGCGCCCUACGCCAGACUGCGCUCGACGGCGCCUUUGAGUCGAUGGCCGGCAGAGGCAGCACAGACGCCGACGCACCCGCCGCCGCCUUCUCCUCGCCGGCGGCGUCGAGGCCGGCGUCGACCCCGCCGCCGCCCGUGCCGCUGCCCGCGCAGGGAGAGCAGGCGGGCGCGGAGGGCGGCCUCGCGGGGCGAGCGGCGGGGAGCGGCGAGCUUGGCUGCGCGGAGGGGUGCGCGGAGGGGUGCGCGGAGCAGGGCUGCGCGGAGCGGUGCGAUGAGGGGCGCUCGCGGCUGCGGCGGCUGCGCAUCACAAACGACGGCGGUGCGAGCGCAGACGACGACGACGACGGCGCCGACCUCUACAUCCGAGUGCUUCCCACUAAGCUGGCGCUCGCGUCGACCCACACUCUGGUCCACCGCCUCCUGUUCGGAGGCAGUGAGGGCGGCAGCGCGCUCUGGUCGUACGCGCACAUUGACGACGACAUCUCGCUCAUGGUGGAGGAGGAGGCCCUCGACGACUUCCCGGAGGGCGCCAUCGUCGGCUCCUACGCGCAAUGGCGGCCGCUGCGGCUCUGUGGCAAGGCGUUCGGCUUCGACGCGACGGGCGUCGUCUGCGCCAUGUAUGCCCCGUACGAGCAGGGGCUGCCGCUGCUCAACAUAUCGACGUACUCGACAAACAUCUCGCUGAUAGAGGAGGAGGACCUCAGCCGUGCAAUCGCCUCCUUUGAUUUGCCCGUCCUCCGACCAAGCGAAGACGAGGACGACGCCGGCAGCGGACUCAGCGAUGGCGGAGAGGCUUGACUAUUGUAGCUUUCCGGCUGUGCGGGUAAGCCUAUCUCGGUAUCUGCGGUGCAACGACACCACCGAACACUAGCCAGGGUGACAUUUACAUAUGUGCAUCGUCAUGAUGUUGUACACAUCGAGAGGGCUUCGUGUGUGUUGUGAUCUGUGAUCUGUGAGGGUCCGCCCGCAGGCCCGCAUCGCGCAUGCAGGCGUGUUGCUUCCAGCGCCCUCCCCCGCGCUCCCUCGAUGAUCCUAAGAAGAGUUGUCAUCUGGC